CACACAGCCCCCAUACUUUCUUCAAAAUCCCCAGCCUCUCCCUCCCCCAACCCUAAAACGAGUGCGUGCGAGAAGAGAGAGAGAGAGAGAGAGAGCGCGAGGCUUUCAUCAUCGCCACCGCCACCAAACCCUAAUUCCUUCACAAUAAUGGAUCCCGAGUCGACUCAGCUCCAGCAAGCCCAACUCGCCGCCAUUCUUGGCCCCGACUCUGCUCCUUUCGAGAUCGUUAUCUCUCACCUCAUGUCCACCUCCAACGAGCUCCGCUCCCAGGCCGAGUCCCUCUUCAACCUCUGCAAGCAGACCGAUCCCGACUCUCUCACCCUCAAGCUCGCCCACCUCCUCCUCCUCCCUCACGUUGAGGCACGCGCCAUGUCCGCGAUCCUCCUCCGCAAGCAGCUCACCCGCGACGACUCCUACCUCUGGCCCCGCCUCACCGAUUCCACUCGCUCUUCCCUUAAGUCCAUUCUUCUCUCAUGUAUCCAACGCGAGGACUCCAAGUCCAUCUCCAAGAAACUAUGUGACACCGUGUCGGAGCUCGCCUCCGGAAUCUUGCCCGAAAAUGGCUGGCCCGAGUUGCUUCCUUUUAUGUUCCAAUGCGUCUCCUCCGAUUCUCCGAAACUGCAAGAGUCCGCUUUUCUAAUCUUCGCGCAGCUCUCGCAGUACAUCGGCGACACGCUUGCCCCGCACAUCAAACACCUCCAUGCUGUGUUUCUCCAGUGCCUGACCACGUCGCCGAGCUCCGACGUUAAGAUCGCGGCGCUGAACGCGGCGAUCAAUUUCAUCCAGUGCUUAUCUAAUUCGGCCGAUCGGGACCGGUUCCAGGACCUGUUGCCAGCGAUGAUGACGACUUUGACCGAGGCGUUGAAUAACGGUAAUGAUGCAACGGCCCAGGAGGCCUUGGAGCUGUUGAUCGAGCUAGCGGGGACCGAGCCACGGUUCCUCCGACGCCAGCUGGUGGACGUGGUGGGCUCUAUGCUGCAGAUUGCGGAGGCUGACGCGCUGGAGGAAGGUACAAGGCAUUUGGCAAUCGAGUUCGUGAUUACUCUCGCUGAGGCGAGGGAGCGUGCUCCGGGGAUGAUGCGGAAGCUACCCCAGUUCAUAAGCCGGCUCUUCGCCAUUUUGAUGAAGAUGCUUCUGGAUAUUGAGGAUGAUCCUGCGUGGCAUAGUGCAGAGAGCGAGGAAGAAGACGCAGGCGAGACAAGCAAUUAUAGCGUCGCUCAGGAGUGUUUGGAUCGUCUUUCGAUUUCCUUGGGCGGCAAUACAAUUGUUCCCGUAGCCUCUGAGCAGUUGCCUGGAUAUUUGGCGGCUCCAGAGUGGCAGAAGCACCAUGCUGCUCUGGUUGCCCUUGCGCAGAUAGCGGAGGGUUGCGCAAAGGUGAUGAUAAAAAACUUGGACCAUGUGGUGGCAAUGGUUUUAAAUUCUUUCCAAGAUCCACACCCUCGUGUGAGGUGGGCAGCCAUUAAUGCAAUUGGGCAAUUGUCUACGGAUUUGGGUCCAGAUUUGCAAGUUCAAUACCAUGGACAGGUGCUGCCUGCACUUGCUUCGGCUAUGGAUGAUUUCCAGAAUCCUAGAGUACAGGCACAUGCUGCUUCGGCAGUGCUCAACUUCAGCGAGAACUGCACCCCGGAUAUCUUAACACCUUACUUAGAUGGAAUAGUGAGCAAAUUGCUCGUACUUUUGCAGAAUGGGAAACAAAUGGUGCAAGAGGGUGCCUUGACUGCUUUGGCAUCAGUUGCUGAUUCAUCUCAGGAGCACUUCCAAAAAUACUAUGAUGCGGUUAUGCCUUACCUGAAAGCAAUCUUAGUGAAUGCUACUGAUAAAUCUAACCGCAUGCUCCGUGCCAAAUCCAUGGAGUGCAUUAGUUUGGUUGGAAUGGCUGUUGGGAAGGAGAAGUUUAGGGAUGAUGCUAAGCAGGUUAUGGAAGUGCUUAUGUCCUUGCAAGGAUCUCAGUUGGAGACAGAUGAUCCAACAACAAGUUACAUGCUACAAGCUUGGGCCAGACUCUGCAAGUGCUUGGGACAAGAUUUUCUUCCGUAUAUGAGUGUUGUCAUGCCCCUGCUUCAGUCUGCUCAACUCAAACCUGAUGUAACCAUUACAUCUGCGAGUUCAGAUAAUGAUAUUGAAGACUCAGAUGAUGAAAGUAUGGAGACUAUUACUCUCGGGGAUAAAAGGAUAGGGAUCAAAACUAGCGUCCUGGAGGAAAAAGCUACAGCUUGUAAUAUGCUGUGUUGCUAUGCUGAUGAGUUGAAAGAAGGGUUCUUCCCAUGGAUUGAUCAGGUUGCCCCAACUAUGGUUCCACUUCUAAAAUUUUAUUUCCAUGAAGAAGUUAGGAAAGCAGCUGUUUCUGCCAUGCCGGAGCUACUGCGCUCUGCUAAAUUAGCUGUGGAGAAGGGGCAAGCUCAAGGUCGUAAUGAGUCCUAUGUCAAGCAAUUGUCUGACUACAUUAUUCCAGCUCUGGUGGAAGCGUUACACAAGGAACCUGAUACAGAGAUUUGUGCAAGUAUGUUGGACUCAGUAAAUGAAUGCUUACAGAUCUCUGGACCAUUCUUGGAUGAAAGCCAAGUCAGGUCCAUUGUGGAUGAGAUAAAACAGGUUAUCACAGCUAGUUCAAGUAGAAAAAGAGAGAGAGCAGAGAGGAGCAAAGCUGAAGACUUUGAUGCUGAGGAGGGGGAAUUGAUUAAAGAGGAAAAUGAGCAGGAGGAAGAAGUUUUUGACCAAGUCGGUGAAAUACUGGGAACUUUGAUCAAAACAUUCAAAGCCUCUUUCUUGCCUUUCUUUGAUGAGCUGUCAUCGUAUCUAACGCCUAUGUGGGGUAAGGAUAAGACGCCUGAGGAGAGAAGGAUUGCAAUUUGCAUCUUUGAUGAUGUGGCAGAGCAGUGUCGUGAAGCAGCUCUUAAAUACUAUGAUACAUUUCUUCCCUUCCUGUUGGAGGCUUGCAAUGAUGAAAAUCCUGAUGUCCGACAGGCAGCUGUAUAUGGCCUUGGGGUUUGUGCAGAAUUUGGUGGAUCUGUAUUUAAACCUCUUGUUGGAGAGGCUCUUUCGAGACUAAAUGUUGUCAUUCGGCAUCCAACUGCUCUUGAGCCUGAUAAUGUUAUGGCAUAUGAUAAUGCUGUUUCUGCACUAGGAAAAAUAUGCCAGUUUCAUCGUGACAGCAUAGAUUCAGCUCAGGUUGUUCCUGCAUGGUUAAACUGCUUACCAAUAAAAGGUGAUUUGAUUGAGGCCAAAGUAGUUCACGAGCAGCUUUGUUCCAUGGUGGAGAGGUCAGACGUAGAGCUUUUGGGUCCCAACAAUCAAUAUCUUCCUAAAAUUGUUGCCGUUUUUGCUGAGGUUCUAUGCGCUGGUAAGGACUUGGCAACAGAACAAACUGUGAGCAGAAUGAUCAAUCUGCUAAGGCAACUUCAGCAGACCUUACCACCAUCUACCCUGGCAUCAACUUGGUCGUCCUUGGGGCCCCAGCAACAGCUUGCAUUGCAAUCGAUCCUCUCUCAAUAGUUUGUCUUUGAUGAAAGGUGGCUUUUCAUGCUGUGUUGGCUUUUUUGCAGGGUCUGUUUGUGUCAAAUAUAUUUAUUACCCAUUCUUUUCCAUAAGAUGGUUCCCACCAUUCCUUUUUGCGUGAUGCUUUUUACAGCAAGCCGGAAUCAGUUUGAGUGUGAAAGUCGUCAUUGCGAUUGAAAAUGAAGCGUUUUUGUAGAAUGUGUAUAAUACAAGUUGUUAUUUAUAGUUGUGAUUUUGGGUCUAUAAGAGAUAAAAGGGUAGGUGAUUGUGAUUUUUGUUUUUGUUUUUCCUUUUCCCCAUUUACCGACGGUUGGUGCUUGGGAUUUCAGGGUUGCCACUCAGGCAGUUCCUAUAUCAGUUUUGCCCUCCCCUCCCCACCAUUUGCGUUUUUCAUUUCAUACACUCCCCGAAUAAUAAUAUUAUUGUGAAUUAUUAUUAUUAUUA